CUCCAUAAGGGUAAAAGUUUGGAAUAGGGUUAAACUGGUUCUGAAUGGUUAAGGUAAGGGUUAAUUUCUUGGUUGUGUGAUGACGUGUCAGACUUCGAACCCCGUUCAAAGAUGCCCGGCCAUUCUGAGGGUGAACCAAAAGCUUGAUGAUGUAAAAUUAUCCAUCAUUAACUACGAGAGACAGAAAGACAAAUGCAUUUCAAAAGACAUGUUACUGGUCUAAUAUUUUGUUUCUUUUAUGUAGUAUCGUAUUUCACGAAUAAGUAUGUCCUGUCUGUCUUGAAAUUUACAUAUCCAACACUAUUUCAGGGAUGGCAGACUUUUAUUGGGGGCCUGCUGCUUCUGCUCUCUGGGAAGCUUGGAUUGGUGGAUAUAAGUGGCUUUCCCAGGUCAGCAGCACUUUCCUGGCUUCCGGGAUCCCUCCUGUUUGUAGGGAAUAUUUAUGCAGGGUCCAGAGCUCUUUCACGCUUGCCUAUCCCUUUCUUCUUCACUCUUCACAAUGCUUCUGAAGUGGUGAAUUGCCUGAUCCUGAAGUUAACCCAGAUGGAGCGAAUUCCAUGGAUGAAGCUAUUAAGUGUGAGUCUGCUGUUGAUGUCGGCCAUCAACCUCCCCCUCUAUGACCCUCAGUUUGACCCUGGUGGUUACAUGUGGGCCCUGGCACAUCUCUUCUGUGUUGGUGCCUAUAGAGUGUUCCAGACACACUUCAAGUCCAGUCAUUUGAGUGACCUUGAACAACAAUACAUCAACUAUUUGUUCAGUGUGUUGCUGUUGGCCUUUGCUGCACACCCUACUGGUGACCUAUUUGGUGCCUUGGAAUUCCCUUUCCUCCUGUCCCCAAGAUUUCAUGGUGGCUGUUGUGCCAGUGCCUUGUUGGGUUUUUUCUUGCUGUUGGCAUCAGUCAAACUAAAGAGUGGUUUACCCCUUGAGCACUGCGGGGUCUGGCUCUUUUUGUCCAAGAUUUCCUUCAAGGACAGUGGAUGUGCCAGUUACAUAUCCAUGUCUUGCUCUACCCUGUCUAGGUGUUUGCCACAUGCCUAUCCCCACUUGUUUUUAACAUUGAAGUUAACACGCCAUCUUUCUGCUGUGUUUUCUUCAGCCAUGUUGGAGAAGCCCUGCUGGUGUACUCUGAAAGUACUUCCCAAGUGCGAUGAGACCUUUGCGAAAGAAACUACUUCUACCUCACUAAAUGUUUCAAUGAGUUUACUUGCACUCAAUUUCCCAGUGAUAUUUUUUUGCUUUUGGAACAAAUAUCACAAGAAUGUAUGCUUCAAUUGAGAUUAUUUUUCAUUUACUAUGCCUUUUCUACAACUUGCUGUAAAGCAGAAAUAAAAUUCUAUAUAUUUCCAUUAAAA